AUGAAUUAGUAAAAUCUUAAAUUAUGCUCUGAAAUAAUUGAUGAUAAAUACAUAAAAAUAGCUUCAAAUUCUUUAAAUGCAAGGGAGAAAUUAUUUAAAUUAUUGUUAUCUUAACGAUAAAUACCUGAAGAAGGUUUUGAUGAUUUAACAAUUGAAUAUUUACUAAAUAUAUUUGCUACAAUGGAUACAAAUAAUUUUGUUAAUAAAGUAGGAGUUGGAGAAAGAGAAAGUAGAAUUUACUCUUCUCUUGUAUAAAAAAGAAAUUAUUAUAUGGGACAUGGAAUAGGAAGAUCAGGAGAUCUUGUUGCUAGUCAACCUAAAGCUGCAGGAUCAUCUUUAAUUGCUAAAUUAACAAAGCACUUAGCUAAAGAUGCACUUAAAUUAAGUAAUUAUUAAAUCAAUGAAUUAUUAAUUGUCCCUGUUGCUACAGGUAUGGCUUUAUCACUUUGUUUAUUAACAUUAAAAUCUCUAAAGCCUCAAGCAAAAUAUGUUUUAUGGCCAAGGAUUGAUUAAAAAACAUGUUUAAAAUGCAUAUAAACUGCUAAUCUUAUUCCUAUAGUUAUUGAUACUAAAAUCUAAGAUCAUGUUGUUACUACUAACUUAGAAAUUUUAAUAUAAAAAAUUCAUGAAAUUCAACCAGAUAAUAUUUUAUGUGUAUUAAGCACUACUAGUUGUUUUGCACCUAGAAUCCCUGACAAUAUUGAAGAAAUUGCUAAAAUUUGUAAAUAAUUUUCUAUCAAUCAUGUUGUUAAUAAUGCUUAUGGUAUUUAAUGCAACAAAAUAGCUAAUUCAAUUAAUUUAGGAUUAGCAUAAGGAACUGUUAAUUUAAUUGUUUCAAGCUUAGAUAAAAACUUUAUGGUUCCUGUUGGAGGAGCUUUGAUAUAUGGUAAUGAUAAAUAACUCAUCAAAUUAAUUAGUGAAAUAUAUCCUGGUAGAGCAAGUGCAGCUCCUAUUUUAGAUUUAUUUAUUACUUUUUUAUCCAUGGGUAAAUAGGGUUAUUUAAAAUUAUAAAAGGAAAGAGUGGAAAAUUAUCAAUACUUUAAAGAGAAACUUUAAAUAGUUACAUAAAAAGUAUCUGAACAAAUUCUUGAUACACAUAAAAAUAGUAUUUCUAUUGGUAUAAGUUUAAAAAACCUUAAAAUUGACAUGAAUAAUUUAGAGGAAAAAAAUUAAGCUACAAAAUUAGGAGCAAUUUUAUAUUCAAAAAAAGUGAUGGGAUCAAGGGUAAUUACAAAUAAAAAAAAUAAAGUAGUCUGUGGCAUAGAAUUUAAAAAUUAUGGAAGUAAUUGUGGUAUAAAUUAUUUAUUUAUCUAAUUUUAGACAAUUAUUUCACUCCUUAUAUUACUGUAGCAUGUGCUUUAGGAAUCACGAAAUAAGAAAUUGAUACAUUUAUUUAAGAAUUUGAAAAAGCUUACACUUAAAAUACAUGA